GAGACAGGGGAUAUUCGCUCAGGAGAGAGAGACUACAGCGGGCUGUUGUAAAGCGGAGGAUGGAGCUCGAAGGGAGACACCGGUCGCGCACCUCAGAAUAAAGAAUAACCCGUUUUAGAUCAGAACGAGAUAUCCAGAAGACGAAUGUGGUUUUAGCUUGUUUUCCCAAAUUAGAUGCAGAUGCAAAUACGUAGCCCGGUCGUAGGCUUGGCUAUUUUGACAGCUGUUCAAAAUAGCGCUAUUGCUCAUAUUUGAACAGUAGGUUAAUUAUCAGACCGACAGGUAGGCUAUACAAUCCCACCCAAACUGCCGUGUUGAGGAUUCCUCUAAUGACCGACUCCACACUUGGAUUACACAGCAGAGCAGGGGGUGGAAGGAACAUUGUCGCCGGAGUCCAAACUCUAUUCCGCCUCUCCAGAGUUAUUUUUGGUACCCAGACCGGGACUGUGGUACCCCCGGAUUUAAAAGUGUUUGUCUGGCUUUGAAUGUAAAGCUAUCUGCCUUCCCAGCCCAAUGCUUGAUAUCAGGGGUAUUGUUGACAUUUUUGUCUUUCUAUUGUUGAAGUAGGCUGGCCUAAUUCUGCAUUAGUUGAAAGUGCAUGUUUAGUAUGAGGUUAUUUUAAGUAUUUUUUCACUUACAUCGAGAUAUUCCCAGGCUAUACCGAUAUUCCUAGUAAUGUUGUCAUGUGGCAGACAAACUGCCUUGAUAUAAUAUGGGUUUAUGAAUUUGUCAUGUUUUUUUGAGAGGAAACGCCCCUUGAGAGCACCUCCUCUCUUCUCUCUCUGCCACCCACUUAUCCGGCUCGUCCAUCAUUUUGGGAGGUGAACGGUGUUUGUUAGGAUCCCCACGGCGGCUCAGUGUUCAGCACUCAGGCAGGAUGUUCGUCUCCGUGUGGUAUGCCAAAAAAAUGGGCCGGCGGUUCAUCAACAACGUCCGGAAAGCCAAGAAGCAUCCGCAUCAUAUAAUGGGGAAUUCUCCUCCAGUGGUGGUGAAUACUGACACGCUCGACGGCUCUCCCUACGUCAACGGGACAGAGGGGGAAAUUGAGUAUGAAGAGAUUACACUGGAACGAGGUAACUCAGGCCUGGGCUUCAGUAUAGCUGGGGGGACAGAUAACCCUCAUGUUGGUGAUGACCCCAGCAUCUUCAUCACCAAGAUCAUCCCUGGAGGAGCUGCGGCCCAGGACGGACGGCUGAGUGUGAAUGACAGUAUCCUGUUUGUGAAUGAUGUGGAUGUGAGGGAGGUGACCCACAGUCUGGCAGUGGAGGCUUUGAAGGAGGCGGGGGCCAUCGUCCGCCUCUACGUGCUCCGCAGGAAACCAGCCGCAGAGAAAGUCACCGAGAUCAAACUCAUCAAAGGGCCGAAAGGUCUAGGUUUCAGCAUCGCUGGAGGGGUGGGGAACCAGCACAUACCAGGAGACAACAGCAUCUAUGUCACUAAGAUCAUCGAGGGUGGGGCUGCUCACAAGGACCAGCGGCUGCAGAUAGGGGAUAAGAUACUGGCGGUGAACAGUGUGUGUCUGGAGGACGUGAUGCAUGAGGAUGCAGUGGGAGCCCUGAAGAACACAGCCGAGGUGGUUUACCUCAGGGUGGCCAAGCCUAACAACCUCUACCUGAACUCCUACAACCCGCCAGACCUUACCAGCACUUACUCCGCUCACAUGGACACAGAUCUUGGCCACCCCACCUACCUUGGAUCAGAUUACCCACAAGCCCUCACUCCCACCUCACCCAGUCGCUUCUCUCCAGUGUUGCACAGCAUGAUGGGGGAUGAAGACCUUCCCAGGGAGCCUAGGAGAGUGCUGAUCCACCGGGGUUCUACAGGCCUGGGUUUUAACAUCGUGGGAGGAGAGGAUGGAGAGGGGAUCUUUAUCUCCUUCAUCCUGGCAGGGGGGCCAGCCGACCUCAGCGGUGAGCUGCGCAAGGGCGACCAGAUCCUCAGCGUGAAUGGAGUGGACCUGCGUAUCGCCACCCAUGAGCAGGCUGCGGCAGCCCUGAAGAACGCUGGCCAGACUGUCACCAUCAUCGCCCAGUACAGACCAGAGGAGUACAGCCGUUUCGAAGCGAAGAUCCACGACCUGAGGGAACAGCUGAUGAACAGCAGCAUGGGUUCUGGUCAGACGACACUGAGGAGCAACCCCAAGAGAGGCUUCUAUAUCAGGGCCCUGUUUGACUAUGAUAAGACAGCAGACUGUGGUUUCCUGAGCCAGGCGGUGGGCUUCAGGUUUGGUGACGUGCUCCAUGUCCUGGACUGUGGUGAUGAGGAGUGGUGGCAGGCCAGACGGGUCAGUCCUCAGACAGACGUUGAGGAGGUCGGCUUUAUUCCCAGCAAACGCAGGGUAGAAAGGAAAGAGUGGUCUCGCAUGGGCACCAAAGAGAGGGAUCGCAGUCGGGACAGCCUCGGAUCUCAAGGGAGGGACGAUUCUCAACACAGCUAUGAAGCAGUGACACAAGUGGAGGUGCAUUAUGCCAGGCCCAUCAUAAUAUUGGGUCCCAUAAAGGACAGAGUAAAUGAUGACCUGCUGUCAGAGUUCCCUGACAAGUUUGGAUCUUGUGUCCCUCACACCACGCGGCCCAAGCGGGAGUACGAGGUGGACGGGCGGGACUACCACUUUGUGUCGUCACGGGAACAGAUGGAGAAGGAUAUCCAGAGCCACCGGUUCAUCGAGGCGGGCCAGUACAACAGCCACCUAUACGGCACCAGCGUCCAGAGCGUGCGAGAGGUGGCGGAGCAGCAGGGGAAACACUGUAUACUGGACGUGUCGGCCAAUGCUGUCCGCAGACUACAGGCCGCUCAGCUACACCCCAUCGCCAUCUUUGUCCGGCCCAAGUCACUGGAGAAUGUCCUAGAGAUCAACACUCGUCUGACAGAAGAGCAGGCCAGAAAGGGCAUGGACCGUGCUCUCAAGCUGGAACAGGACUUCAUUGAGUGCUUCUCAGCUGUGGUGGAAGGUGACAGCUUCGAGGAGGUUUACCACAAGGUGAAGACGGUGAUCGAGGAGCAGUCGGGGCCUUACAUCUGGAUCCCCACCCGGGAGAGGCUGUGAGGCUGCCCCAUAACCCACCUCCACCCCCCAACCACCCUCAGCCAGUCUGCCCUCCAGCCCAACCAGCGCUCAGAGAGACAGAGAGAGACAUAGAGAGACACACAAACACACACAGGGGGACACGUGAAGAUAGAGACACAUAAUCACACGGAGAGAGAGACACAGAGUAAUACUAAAAGAGAGACACAGGUAUAGAAACCCAGAGAAACAGGUAAGGACAGUAUUUAAUCAGUAUUCAUAUAUAAUCCAUGUGUGGUGAGUACUGAGCGAGACUGGAGAGAGAGGUGACCAAGUUGGGCGUGGCAAGGCAGGGCGGUGGGCGUCCCCAGAAUAAGCACAGGGUAACGGAUCCGCCAUCUCCCCCUCUCCGUCUCCCUCAGUCUCAUUUGACAUCCCCACUGACAAACAGGCGGGCAAAACCAUCAGCAGCCCUUCCGAUCCCUCCUUUUUUAUAUCCCUGAGCCUCCUCUCCUCCUCCUGUCAACUCUCUCUCUCCAUUCAGGACAUGAAAUGGAGAGAGAGAGAGAGAGAGAGAGAGAGAAGGAGUGCAUAGACUAUGGAGGGACACACAGAUCAUAUUGAGUCCCUCUGACCCGGAGGAGGCUCUAUUCUAGUGAAAAGGCUUUGCUCCGUGUAUGAACAACUAGGAACAUCAUCCCACUAACCAAGACUGGCAUUCGCUCAAUCACCCAUGAAUAGCAUUUUGCGAGGGCAUUUUUCAAAAGCAGCUCAAAUAUAAACUCAAAUUCUGAAUUUGUGCAUGCGUCCUCAAAGGCAACAGAUAUGGGAGUUGAGGAAAA